AGCGCCAUGUUGGUGGUCUCCUCUGCUGAUUUAGUCUCCGGGACAAUGGACGACCCGGAUUGCAUUUUAGACGCUUUGAACGAUUUUGAGAAGAAAAAUUGCAAUGACAUUCCAGAUAGAUUGGAACAGCUUUUGUGUGAUAUCGCACGAACAGGCGAAAUUCGGUUUCCUUGGUCUAAAGUUAAAAAGCUCUUCAUUUGCAAGUUGGAAUUAGCUAUAGAGGAGUUUGUGGAUUGUAAUCCAAAUGAAGAAAUCCCAGUUCUGCCAAAUGUGGAAAAUGUUGAAUUUGAAGAAAUGAAAAUACGUUUAAUGACUGCAUUAGAAACUUUCAGUAGUGCACCUUUCACAAUACAAAGACUAUGUGAAUUGGUGAUUGAACCCAAAAAGUAUUAUUCUAGAAGCGAUAAGUUCAUGAGAGGAAUUGAGAAGAAUGUUGUAGUCGUGACAACUGUCAAACCUUACAAUAGAUUGUCUACCUCAGAACCUACUACUAAUGGUACUGCUAUGGUUAAUGGUCUUCUAUCUGAAUGUAUUACCCAUGUACCUACAGAAUUCUCAUCAGAGAAUGAUGAACAAACUGAGAUGCUUAUAGAAAAAACAGAUGAUGUAAGCAGCACAGAAAUAGACCACCUUGAAGAUGCUUCGGAGGACAAUGAACAAUUGUCUGAUGAGGCUGAAACUGAAGGAGACUUGGAGGAAAAAGAAGUAAAUACAAGUAGCAAUGUUGAGAGUAGUGACAAUGUACUUGAUCAAACUGCCACUGUGAGUGGUGACACUGAAACAAUGCAGGUCACUUCAAGUGAAGAACAAACAGUGAAAACUAAAGAAACUGAUUGUACAGAAACUGAUUGUAGCAUGGUGACUAGUUUAGAAGAGACAACAGACAAGGUUUCUAGCUUAGAAGAGACCACCGACAAGGUGACCAGUUUAGAAGAGACAACAGAAAGGGUGGCCAAUUUAGAUGAAACUGACAACAAUGCGACCAGCUUAGAUGAGACCAGCGACAAGAUGCCCAGUUUGGAAGAAACCAGUGAUAACAUGGCCAGUUUGGUGGAGAGCAGUGACAUGAGCAGUUUGGAAGACGGCAGCAACAAGGUGACUAGUUUGGAAGAAACCAGUGAUAACCUGACCAGUUUGGAAGAAACGGGCAACAAGUCAAGCAGUUUGGAAGAGACAAGCAACAAGGUAACUAGUUUGGAAGAGACAAGCAACAAGGUAACUAGUUUGGAAGAGUCAAGCAACAAGGUAACUAGUUUGGAAGAGUCAAGCAACAAGGUAACUAGUUUGGAAGAGUCAAGCAACAAGGUGACCAGUUUGGAAGGUUCAACUGAAGAGACAAGUGCAAUUGUUUCUACAACUGUUUCUGACAGUGGUGAAUGUGAAGAUAUCAACAAAAGCUCAGGUGAUAAUGCUUUAGAAGCUGCUGGCAGAAAACACAAAGAUAAUGAUACAGACGUUUGUGAACCAAAUGCUAAAAGACCAAGGUAUGAUAGUGAAGAUGUUGAAAAAACUACUGAGGGUGAGGAUGAACUUAAUGGUGUUGGUCAAUCAGAAACUAACAGUACAGGUGGUGAAGCCCAGUCUAAAACCCAUACAUUAGAUAAUAAACCGGAUGACAAACAGGAUGAUGUGCCUGUCAGCGAGUUAGAAGAACCAAAAGAAUGUGAAGGAAGUAAGGAAGUUGUGACAGAAUCAGCUGGGGAUACAAGAGAGACAGACUCAAAAGUAAUUACUGAGCAGAUCACAGAACAGAUUGAGACGGAAAUAAAACUAGAAGCAGGGUCUGAUAAAAGUACUGAUAAAACUGAAAAUAAACCUGUUGAGUCAGAGGAACCAAUGGAUCAAAGUUGAAAAUGUACUGUAUUCUUCAAAUUACAAACUUGAAAAAAAAAUGGGCGUGUCAACAAAAAUAUGUAAAUCUGUAUCCUGUCUCAAACAUUUUGCCCAAACUUUAUCAACUCUUGUAUACUCUGAGCUUUUGUAUUUUUUUUAAUGAGAAUACAAUGUUCUAAGCUUGAGGGAGGAAGUUAUGUACACUAUUCAGCAGGUCACUGCCUAUUAGAUUAUGAAUUAUCGACUUUAGUUGAAAUUUAUUAGUACCCCUACUAUUGGAGAAUUCAUCUACAUGAAUUACCGCUGUACAUUAGUCACCCAUUGAAGCAGCUAUUCAGUUACUUAUGAAUCGAGACUGGAUUGGAAUACUGCUUAUGGCUGGUUUUGUGUGUUCAUUUGUCUAGAUCAGCAGUAAUACACAAGUGACAUUGAUUUACACAUUUGGUGCGGACCAGAGAUUGCAUUUUUGUCACUCUGUGUUGACUAUUACUAACGCAGGAAAUCUUGCAAGUCCAAGCUUACUGUGUUACAUCUCGGGUUAAUCCCCAUGAUAAAACAUUUUAGAGCAUAAUUGCAUUUUGAUUCUUUGCAUUAAGUGUGUAUUAAUUGUACAGGGCUUAAAGUAAACAUUACUUGACAUCUGCUGGGCUGCUAGUUUUAAAAGCUGGUAGUUUCAUGGUUAUAUUUAUAUUCAUAUUGCUAAAUUUCUGUUGGACACCAACUAAUUUAUAUAAAAAAACAAAGCAUUAAUAAUUUCUAAAUCGGUAGUUCAGUUUGGGGUACCGUACUAAUCUUGCUGAAUGGCUUCCCCCAUCCAGGUGUUGGUUGGCCAUGGGCUAUUGUCCAUUCCGAGCCCUCGUAUGCUUAGGUUUGGCAUUAUAUACCGGUAUCAUAUCCCAAAUGGCUACGUUUCAAUUUCCAAAAAUAAAUUAUUUAUGUUGACAUGUGAAGUUCAGUAAUGAUCAAUCAGAUCUAAAAAUGAAAUAUUCCUUUUGUAGAAAUGCAAAGUAUUUAAAGUCCUGAAUGUAUAAAAGCUUGUUUUUAAAUUAUUCAAUGGCUAUACAACUUUCUGUAAUUGUUUUGUAAUGGAAGUCUUAAAAAUACAACUAUGGGAGGGGUUGUUGGUUUCGUCCACCAAUGAAUAUUGAUAACUAAAGCUGUCUCCAUGUACCAGUCUGCCAUUCCAGGAUGACUUUUUCAUGAAUCCAAUGUGCAUAAUUGAUUUCAAACCAAAGAAUAGUGUCGGUUAGCUAGUCUGGAAUGAUAUCUGGGACAGUGUCUUGGAUAUCUGGUCACUAUCAAUGACUAACCUGUUGUAAUGCAAUUUCCUGUUAACAUGAAGACUAUCAUAUUGACAAACUACCACUACGCUAUGUAUUGUCAUUUGGUGUAUAUUUAAAGUUCAAACCACCACCCUCAUUCUAUUAGCUCAUUUCUCAGUAAUUCAACUGCCAAAAAAUGAGAAGUGCUUUAUUGUAAGACUUUUAAGCAACCUCAUCAUUGAUUCCAUUUGAAUGUCACAAUUUUUUUUCCUGGAAAUGGUAUUUUUAUGUGAAUUAGUGUGAAUUAAAAAAAGUUUAAUAUGUGACAUUUAAAUAAAGUUUUACUUAAAUUUU